GACCCACUGUGUCAUACAGUUGCAGCAGGACAUCAUGGCCUCUCCAAGGAGCUUUUCCCGUCCGUCCGUGGACAUUGCUAAUGUGAUGCAGAAACUGCAGGAUGAGCAAGAGGCGGUGCAGAAGAGAACCUUCACAAAAUGGAUCAAUUCUCAUUUAGCCAAGCGCAAACCACCAUUAGAGGUUAACGACCUUUUUGAGGACAUCAAAGAUGGGGUGAAGCUCUUGGCUCUGUUGGAGGUGCUGUCUGGCCAGCGACUACCCUGUGAGCAGGGCCGCCAGCUGAAGAGGAUCCACUGGGUUUCCAACAUUGGCACGGCGCUCAAGUUCCUCGAAGGCAGGAGGAUCAAACUAGUCAACAUUCAUGCCACUGACAUCGCAGAUGGACGACCAUCAAUUGUCCUUGGGUUGAUAUGGACCAUUAUCCUCUAUUUCCAGAUUGAGGAGUUAACCAGUAACCUGCCAGCCCUCCAAGCCCUGUCCAACAGCAACUCAUCUGUGGAUAGUAUGGCCAGCUCUGAGACAGGAAGCCCCCCCAUGAAGAGGAAAGUGGUCAACAAAUUCCAAGGCAAUGCCAAGAGGGCCCUGCUCAGAUGGGUGCAGUGCACUGCGGCCAAGCAUCACGGCAUUGAGGUGAAGGACUUUGGUCCCAGUUGGCGCAGUGGUGUUGCGUUCCAUUCGGUGGUGCACGCCAUCAGGCCAGACCUGGUGGACAUGGAGGUGGUGCGGAGGAGGAGCAAUAGGGAGAAUCUGGAGGAAGCCUUUGCACUGGCAGAAAAUGAGCUGGGCAUUCCCCGUCUUCUGGAUCCAGAAGAUGUGGAUGUAGACAAGCCAGAUGAGAAAUCCAUCAUGACAUAUGUGGCUCAGUUCCUGAAGCAUUACCCGAACCCUCAGCAGUCUGAGACUGAUGGACAGCAGGAUGAGUUUGGUCCCCAAGAUAUAGAGCAAAUGCUUGAGAGAGAGGAGCGUAAGGUGCUGAGAGAGCUGAAGGUAUUUCUAGAUCAGCUGGAGAGAGAUGUGCUACGGGCUCAGGGAGCAGAGGGAAACCUCACAGACAAGUACCAGGCGUUCAAGAGCUUCCGUGUACAGUAUGAGAUGAAGAAAAAGCAGACAGAUCCACUGCUGCAGCCAGUCCACCGGGAAGGCAAGCUUUCAGUGGACCAAGCUCUAGUCAAGCAGGCCUGGGACCGCGUGUCUGUCAGGCUGCUGGACUGGCACAUCCAUCUGGACAAGUCUCUGCCUGGCCCUCUGGGAGUGAUUGGAGCCUGGCUUCACAGGGCAGAGAUUGCUCUGAGAGAAGACAUCCCCAUCCAACAUGCUCACGAGGAGACGGCAAAUGUUAUACACAGAAAACUGGAGCAGCAUAAGGAAGUUUUAAAAAACUUGGAAAUGCACAGGCAGACCUUCCAUCAGAUCCACAGAGACAGAUCAGUGAACGGUGUUCCUGUUCCACCUGAACAGCUUCAGGACAUGGCUGAGAGGUUCAAUUUUGUGUCUACAUCAUCUCAUGCUCACUUGAUCAAACUGGAAUUCUGGGAAAUGAAGUAUCGCCUGAUGGCAUUUCUCAUCUUGGCUGAGUCAAAGCUCAAGUCCUGGAUCAUCAAAUAUGGUCGACGGGACUCAGUUGAACUCCUGCUGCAAAGCUACAUUUCAUUCAUUGAAGGGCACAAGUUCUUUGACCAGUAUGAGAUAAUAUACAAAUCCCUCAAGCAAGCUGCAGAGGUCUAUGUGAAGUCGGAUAGUUCAAGGUCUAAGACCUGUAACAGAGUUGAUGAAGCGGAGGGGGUGAGUAAGUUCCUCAGUGAUGCAACAGCUCAGUGGAAGAAUCUGGCUGUGGAGGUCCGCAGUGUUCGCAGUAUGCUGGAGGAGGUGAUCUGUAACUGGGAGAAGUACAGCAGCACGGUGGCAGCUCUGCAGGCCUGGCUGGAGGAUGCUGAGCAGAUGCUCAACCAGUCAGAGAACACCAAACGUGAAUUUUUCCGGAACCUAUCCCACUGGAUCCAGCAGCACAUGGACAUGAACGAUGCUGGGAACUUCCUCAUCGAGACUUGCGAUGAAACAGUAUCGCGAGAUUUGAAGCAGCAGCUUCUGCUUCUCAACGGGAGGUGGAGGGAGCUGUUUGUCAAAGUCAAACAUUAUGCAAGGGCGGACGAGGUAGACAAGCUGAGGCAAGACUACCAAGAAGGAAUUAACACUUUAAAAAUCUUCAUGGAUGCAACCAAUGAGAAGAUGACUGCUCCUGUCCAAGUGUCUUUCCUGAACGUCAGAGCAUUUGCUCAAGAUGUUGAGGAAAUCAAACACAAAGUGCCAGCUAUGGAAGCAGCAUGUAAGGCAGCCAGCCGCACUGCACAGCUACUGACCAAAGAUACCCCCCAGGAGGAGGUCUCACAGAUGUUAGCUGUGAUGGCCUCUAUCAAAGAGCAACUUAGUAAGGUGAGAGAGAGAUGCUUGCCUCUGCUGAGAGAGUCCCAGUCCCUCCUACCUCCCCUGGAAGAAAUGGAGAAGAACAUCACAGGCUUCUACCAGGCCCUGGAGAAGGCCAGUCAUAUCACCAGCACCAGGGACUCCGAGGGUCCCAGAGACUUUAAACAGAAAUGCCAGGAGCUGGUGACCUUCACACAUAGCUGUAAGAAGUGUCUGACAGUGAUAGAGAGGAAUCACCAGAGCAUCCAGAAAAUUCUGGACAGCAGCAAGACCCUCGAACACAUGGACAUGACUCUUCUUCAGAAGAGAGUAGCAGACCUGCAGGCCUCCUCACAGACCAUGAUCAAAGAAUCUACAGAGUGGAGGAGGCAUGUGGAGGCCAACAGCAGCCUCAUGAAGAGGUUUGAUGAGUCUCGGGUGGAGCUGGAGAAAGUUCUCAAGAUGGCGCAAAAUUGUCUGACAGAGAGAGGCAACCCGGAGGAGCUACUCAAGAAACACACAGAAUUCUUUGGUCAGCUGGACCAACGAGUCUUGAACACUUUCCUCAAGGCUUGUGAUGAGCUGACAGACAUUCUGCCUGAGCAGGAGCAGCAGUCUCUGCAGGAAACAGUCAGGAAGCUGCACAAACACUGGAAGGAUAUUCAGACAGAUGCCCCCUUUCACCUCUUGCACCUGAAAGUGGAGGUGGAGAGGAGCAAGCUGAUGCUGUCCCUGCAGGAGUGCCAGACCGAGGUGAUGAGGGAGAACCGCCACCUGGCUGGCAUGGGGAGCGAGAGACUCAUCAAGGAGCACAGGGCCUUCUUUAGAGACAAGGGUCCCCAGUCCAUCUGUGAGAAAAGGCUGCAGCUAAUGGACGAACUCUGUCAAAAACUGCCUGAGAACGACCCUGCCCACCAGACCCUGGAUGCAGCUAGGAAAGCCUUCUCUGACGUCCAAGAGGAAAUCGAGAGCACCUACCAGAAACUAUUGCAGCACCCAGAUAAAUGGAAGGAGUACAACUCAAGGUACGCUGAGCUCUCUUGCUGGCUUAUAUCUAAAGAGAGCCAGCUGAGGGUGCUGAGGAACCGAGCUAAUGACCCCAGCAAAUAUGGCCAGGUGAAGUCUACCAUCAUGGAGCUGAAGAAUGAUGCAGAACUACAGGAGGGGAACCUUGGCUGGCUCAAGGCUCGUAUGGCUGUUCUGAUUGAGAUCUCUGCUGACGGCGAUGCCCAGAGGCAAGGAAGUGCGCUGAGCAAACUCUCUACUGAUUUUAAGGGCCUCCUGGCUUCUCUCUUAGAGGCUGACAAGAUGGUGCUGGCUGUGGGGGACUGUGUGCAGUUCAGGGACGAGGUACGGAGCACUUUGGAUGAGCUGGUUCACGGGCAGAGAGAGACCCAGGCUGAGGUCACCAGAAUACUGGACUGUCAGACUGUGAGAGAAGCCCACCAACUCCUCCUCAUUCACCAGCAACUGCUGAAACGCCUGAAACUGAAGAGGAAGGACGUCCAGCAGCUGAUCACCAGGGGCCAGCAGCUCCAGGCUGAGGAAGGUUUGGGAGAGACGCUGCAGCAGGAUCUGCAGAGUUUAGAGAACACGAUCAGCAAAAUGGAGCAGAAUAUGGAUUCACAGGAGCAAAGCCUUGAGGUCACACUGGCAGCCUGGCAGGAGUUUGACAGCCAGCUGGCAGCAGUGCAGGAGUUUAUCAGCAAGGCCCGCACCACAAUGGAGAGGGACCUCAACUUCAGCAGUCCAGAGAGCCUGGCAGUUGAACUGGACCAGGCUAGAGUGUUGUUGAAGCAGUGUGAAGCAGAGGCCUCUCAUAUGAACACCCUGCUGAGGAGAUCGACAGAAAUCCAGCUUGGUCCAAAGAACAAGAACCUGCUCUUGCAUCAAGCUCGCUCCCUCAGCGAGCAAGUAGACAAAGUAGAGGCUGGGCUCAAGAAAGAUGUCAAGACUCUCGAUGGAAUGAAAAGUCAGUGGGAUCGUUUUGGAAGUGGGUUCGAGGCCUUUUCCCUGUGGAUAUCUGACAAGGAGAAACAGCUGGAUGUCCUGAAAAGUUCUACUUUGCCUCUUCAGCAACAGAUCAACACAGUGAAGGCUGUGGGUGCAGAGCUUAAAGAGCGGGCUGAGGUUCUGUCUCAGCUGGAGGCGGAUUCCCAAGCGCUGGCCCAGUUUGUGUCUUCAGGGGAGGCAGCUCGCAUCAAGGCUCGCCUGACCCAGAUCGGCAGAUACUGGGAGGAGCUGAAGGAGAGCGUGCAGCAGCUUGAUGGACAGCUGGAGGAAAGCUCUUCACAUCAGCAGAGAUUCAACACUAUCCUGGAGGAGGUACAAGGAAAACUUGGUGAACUACAUACAAAACUGGAGCAUCCCAUGAAAUCCUGCACCUCCUCAUCAGAGACCUACAAAGCUCUUCAAAAUCACAUGGAUGUGUGUCAGUCUCUGGAGAGGUUGAAGGCAACCUUGCUGUCCCUGUCAGCUGGUGCCCGCAGACUCAGUGACAAGGAACAAGCAGAGCGGACAGUGACAGAGCUACAAACCAGCUAUGACCAAAACGUACAGCAGGCAAAGGACAAACAAAGCACUUUGGAGAACCUGCUGUCUCUUUGGCAAAAGUUUGAAAAGGAUCGCUCAAACUUUGUUUCCUGCUUGGAGAGAAGUGAGUCUGCAUCCAAACCAGAGAGUCAUGGACUGUCAGCUGAUAAAACCAAACUCCACAGCGAACUACAGGAUUUGCAGGCCUUGCACUCUGACAUGAAGUCCCUUGAGCCUGCUCAUGCUGGGUUGGUGUCUCUGGGGACGUCGUUGUAUCCCACUGCACCAGAGGAGAGAGUGAGCGAGCUGAAACAGGAGUUGGAGAAUCUGCAGAAGAGACUGCAGGCUCAGAAUGAAGCCCUCCCUCAAAGAAUUCGUGAGCUUCAGGACCAUGUCUCCCUGGUGGAGCAGUUUGAUCAGGCCCUGCUGAAGUUCUCCCAGUGGAGUGAGACUAUGCUUUCUAAUCUACACUCAACUUCUCAAAUCAACAUCACCAAACUGCAACCUGCUGUCACUCAAGUAAAGGAGACCCUAGCAGCCUUGCAGCAGCAGGCCAGUGUGAGACAGAGCUUGGUGCAUCAGACAGAGAAGCUGUGUGGGUGCUGUGAGCCUGGUGACGUGCAGCUUCUCCAAAGUAGACAGGAGAGCUGUCUCCAGCCCUUCCUGGAGGCUCAGCACAUCGCUGAGCUCCAGUUAGAGAGCCUACAGAGGCUGGAGGCUUUUCUGCAGACACGUAGUGUGGCAGCAGGGGUCCUGCGGGGUCUGAGACAAACUGUGGAGAGUGCUGGCAGCUGGGACCGUGGCAGGGUAGAGGAGCUGCAGCAGGAGCUGGCCACUAUUGUCCCAGACAUCAGCCAGCUUGAGACUCUUGCCAUCAGCUUGGACAGCAGUCUUUGCAAAAGCCAUCUUCACAUUGGCAGCGAUGAGGGGUCUCGUACAUCAUGCCGCGUGCUGGCUGAUUCACUCAGUACUGAGCUGGAUGCAGUAAGGAAUCUGCUUGGAACCAAGCAGAGUGAAGCAGAGGCCCUGGGGGCUCUAUGGACCUCAUUCAGACAGCGAAAAGAGCGGCUCCUCAAAACUGUGGAGGACAUUGAAGAAAAAGCAGACAACCAAAGCAUUAAAGAACCAAGCCUGCAUGCUCUACAGCAGAGGCUGCGGUUCUUUAAUCAGCUGGAGGAUGAGCUGCAGUCACACCAGCAUGAGGAGCAGUGGCUGAGAGACAAGGGCCAGCAGCUGGCCCAGAGAGACGCAGAGCUGGCUGGGGAGGUGCUGAGGGAAAUCAGCCUCCUGGAGACCACAUGGGAGGACACCAAGAGACUCAUCAUAGAUAGACAAGAGCAGUGCAGUGUUCUUGUGGAGCUUAUGAGGGAAUACCAAAGCCUGAAAACCUCCAUCAGCGGCAUCAUUGAGAGCACCGAAUCCUUGGUUGAGAUUGGCUCUGUUCUGAAGGACCAUGAAGAAACCAAGAGAUCACUGUCUAAGCAUGAGGCAGUGAAAGCAGAGAUGGCUGGUAAACAAAGUGAACUGGACCAAUUUUCCAGCAAAGGAAAACAGCUGCUUAGCGAGCUGAAGAAGAUCCCAGAGUGUGAUCCUCAAAUGAUGAAAAAGGAUACUGACACCCUGGUUGAUCAGUGGCUUGAUGUGUCUGAGAAAAUAGAUGACAACAUUGACUGCCUGAGCCAGUGCUUGGCAGUGUGGGAUGAUGUGCGUAAAAUCAGCGAGGAUAUUGAGAGCUGGACGAGCAGCUGUGUGAUUGAACUGACUGAGAGCCUGAACAACCUAAAUGACAGCCAGAAGACAUCGGCCAGGCUGUCUUUGAUACAGUCGGAAAUGGCUGAGAAGGAGCAUAAACUGGAAUCUCUGCAGAGAAAAGUGGCAGAACUGAAGCAGCGCAGUCAAAGUCAAGAGACCCCUGCUAAAUUACAGGUGCUGGAGAAUGACCUGCGAAAGAAGAUCGGUAUUGUUCACAAACUCUGCGACCAGGCCAGGGGAAAUCUCAGGGACUUCAGCUCCCAGAAGAGACAGCUAGAGGACUACAUCUCUCAGAUGUCUGCUUGGCUGAAGAGUAUGGAGGAUUCCCUGGUUUCUUCUCCCACUGGAUCAGAUCCUGAGGACAUCUGCAGAGUGAAGGACCUUCAAAAAGAGCUGCAAAAUCAGCAGGGAAGUAUUGAAUCCACCAGGGAGAGCCUCAACACGCUGUGCAGAAAAUAUCCCUCUGAGGAGCUGGCCAGUUUGGGCUCAGCACUGACGGACCUCAUUAAGACUUACGAGUCUGUCAACCAGCUCUCUGCCAGGACCCUGGCAUCACUGCAGCACUGCCUUCAGCAGCAGUUCAACGACCUUAUUCAGGAGUUCCAUCGGUGGCUCUCGGAGCAGAGGGAGAUUGUGAAAGAAUGCUCUGACCGAUCUGGAGAUACUCUCAUUGUAGAACGAAAACUGCAGAAACUAAAGGGGGCAUUGGAGCGUGUGGAGGAGGGUGAGGUACGCCUGACUCAGGUCUGUGAGGAGGGGGAGAAGCUGCUCCUCCACCUUCCCAAGGCCAGUGCUGGCCAGGUCCAGCAGCACCUCUCCUCCAUCCAGCAGGACUGGGACAGCUUUGUGGAGCAGUGCAGACAGAACCAGCAGAUCCUGGAGGACAGUGCAUCCCUCAUGAAGGGGUUUGAGGGACGCCUUAAGAAACUGAGGUGGUGGUUAGAGCACAUGGAAAAGAGGAUGACCACUGAUUUACCUGAAGCUAAACAGCGUGGCCCUGAGAAGGCGGCACUUGAACAAGUGGAGGAAUACCAGCAGGAAGUGCUCAAAGAGAGGGACUCAUUUGAGCGUCUGUGUCAAGAGGGCCAGGCACUGAAUGAGGGUGGGCGAGGUGACGGCAGUGAGACAAGAGUAUCGGCCCAGCUGCAGUCACAGCAUCAGGCCCUGCUCAGGCGUGUGAGAGAGAGGUUGCACAGCUGCCAGCUAAUCCUGCAGGAGCAGCAGGCCUUUGAGGAGACACUGCAGACUACCUGGGCCUGGCUUAAUGGAGUGCAGGAGCGUCUGGCUUCACUGAACAGCACAGUUGGCAAUAAAGAGACCCUAGAGAAAAGGCUUGGUCUUGUACAGGAUAUCCUCCUGAUGAAGGGUGAGGGUGAAGUGAAGCUCAACAUGACAGUAGGGAAGGGAGAACAGAUCCUGAAGCACAACAGUAUGGAGGGACAGGAGGCCAUUUGUUCACAGCUACAGAGCUUGAAGGAUGCCUGGGCCAAUAUGUUGAUGACCUCCAUGAGUUGCCACAGCCGUCUGGAGUGGACAGUGGCCCAGUGGACCAGCUUCCAGGAAAGUAAAGGCCAGCUGCAGCAGUGGAUGGAGUCAGUUGAACAAGAGGUGGGAAUGAUUCUGCCUCAGCAGCCGGGCCUGAAAGAGAAGGCCUCUCUGCUGGAGCGCCUCAGGGCCAUCCAGGCUGACGUCGAGGCCCACACAGCAGCACUGUCACGCCUGACUGACAAAGCUGUGGAAAUGUAUGAGAAAACUGGCGACCAGACGUUUGGACCGGAGCCGCGGGCAGAGCUCAGUGCUCACUUUGCAGAUAUCUCAGCUGUUGUGAAGGGUAAAGUCCAGUCCAUGCAGUGCAUUGUGUCUGAGCAUGAGCAGUACCUGGACGCUGUGAGAGACUUCAAUGACUGGCUGGUCUCAGCAAAAGAGGAACUCCAGCGUUGGUCGGACCUGUCAGGAGACUCAUGUUCUAUAAAAAGAAAGCUCUCCAAAGUGCAGGAGCUGCUUGACUCCAAGCAGCGAGGCAGAGAGAGGCUGAACCGGGUUCAGAGAUGUGGAGCGGUGGCUAGAGAUCACACCGGCUCAGGAGGCUUUGAGGCUGUGGAGCGAGAGGAAGCGGCGCUGUUGUCGUCAUGGGAGCAGUGGGAGCGCGGGGCCCUGCAAACGCGGGCCGGUCUUGAGACUGCUCUUUCUCAGAUAGCCAGCUCUGAACAGGAGUUCAACAGCCUGUCAGCACAGCUAGAGCAGGACCUGCAGGACUUCAGCGGUCAGCUACAGGACUGGCGCCUAAAAUUGGCUCAGGCUGAGGGAAAAUACAGUGGGGAGGAAGCUGUUAAGGCCUGGCAAAUAGCAAAGGACACUCUGGAGGGGCUUGUGAAAGCUGAGCCCAUGUCUGAUAGUCUGAAGACUCAGCUCAAUGAUUUGUGCCGAUUCUCCAGAGAUCUGGGCACACAGUCAGAUAGAGUGUCCUCUCUUAUCAAAGAAUACAACAGUUUGAGCUUGCAGGCCUCCAGGGAGUGUCAAGGCAAAGAGAAGCUGCUGGAGCAGGGCUUCCGCUCAGCAUUCAGAGAGUUCCAGCAGUGGCUCGUCAAUGCCAAGAUCAACACAGCCAAGUGCUUUGACGUACCUCAGAACGUCAGUGAGGCCUCAACUAGUUUGCAGAAGAUUCAGGAGUUCCUGAGUGACAGAGAGCAUGGUCAGUCGAAGCUUAAUGCUGUAGUGGUGAGCAGUGAACUGGUCUCCAGUAUCGCUGCUAAAGACAGAGUCGAUGCAGUUCGGGCUAAAACAAACAGUGCCAGAGAAGACUGGAAAAAUAUUAUGUCUAACCUGCACAAUAGAGAGACAGGUUUACAGAACCUUCUGUCUCAGAUGAAGGACUUCGAGGCAAGUGCUGAGCCUCUUCAGGAAUGGCUUAAUGCCACAGAGCUGGCUGUACAGGAGAGCAGCACGCGGCUCCAUGAUCUGACAGCCAAGAAGCAGGAGUUGCACAAACUACAGUCCGUGCUAGAGGACUUAGCCUCUCAGGAGAUUCAGCUGAACAGGCUGAAAGAGAAGGCCCAGCUGUUGUGGGAAGAACACGCGGCCGGCAAGGGCUUUGUGCACCGUGUCUCACAGCUCUCUGCUCAGUACCUAGCUUUAACCAACCUGACCAAGGAGAAGGCAUCACGGAUCGACCGAAUAGUCAGUGAGCACCAACUCUUCUCCCAAGGGCUAAAGGAGCUACAGAACUGGGUGGCUGACACCAGCCACAUGCUUCAGACUUACUGCACACCCACUGCUGACAAAAAUGUUCUGGACAGCAGAAUGAUCAAGCUGGAGGCUUUGCUGACCGCUCGUCAGGAAAAGGAGAUCCAGCUGAAGAUGCUGAUUACAAGAGGAGAGUCGGUUCAGAGAAAUACCUCAGCUGAGGGAGUGCCUGUGGUCCAUAAACACAUACAGGACCUGAAAGAUUCCUGGGAUGCCUUGCUCUCUGCUUCCAUCCAGUGCAAAAGUCAGCUCGAGGGCUCCCUGUCUCAGUGGACAAGCUACCAGGAGGACGUGCGCCAGUUCGUGGCUUGGGUGGAACGGGUAGAGGAGAGUCUUGAUCCCAGUGAUAAACAGUGCUCAGAGAUGAGAGACAAAACUGCCAAUCUUAGCAAAGCCAAGUUGUUGUAUGAAGAAGUGCUCAGCCACAGCACGCUGCUGGACACCAUCGCUGCAAAAAGUGCCAGCAUGGCUGAGCACUACGUAACUCAGCUGGAGCUGCAAGACCUACAGGAGCGCUAUAACACUGUCAAAGACAAUGCCAUGAGGGCAGUGGGCAAAGCGGAGGAGCUGGUGAAGGCCCACCAGGAGUACCAGCGGGGCCUCCAUGCAUUCGAGGACUGGCUGGAACAGGAUCAAGAGAAGCUGGGCUGCUACACCCAGCUGGAGGGGGAUGUUGAUACACUGGAAGAGACUCUUCAAAAACUGCAGGAACUACAGCUGCACUGCACAGAGGGCCAGGCUUUGCUCAACACCUUGCUGGUCAGUCGAGAACUGGUCAUUCCCUGGGGGCUGCCCCAGAUAGAGGACCGUGCACUGGAGACCCUGCAGCAGGAGUGGAGACUGUACCAGGCACGACUGGCCGACACCCGGGCCCAGCUCAACAGUGCGCUGGCCAAACUCCGGCAGAUGGAGCAGAAGUUUCAGUGUCUUGACAGCUGGCUUAAAGGCAUGGAGACCAAAGGGCAACUUCGUAGCCAUCGGCGGUCUGACCGCGCCACCAAAGAUGCUCAGCUGCAGCUGAUAAAGAGCUGGCAGGAGGAGGUGCUGGUGUACCAGGAGGAGAUGGAAGGCCUCAGUGUCCUGGCUCAGCAGGUUCUGGAUGAGACCCAUAUCAGCAGCCGGAUCAGCUCCAGAGCCACCCAGAUUACUGCCCGCUACCAUGCCUUGCUUCUCCAUCUACUGGAGACCAUCAAACAGCUCCAGGAAGAAGUGUCUUGUAUUGAAGAGGCACAGAGUGUCUUCAGCACCUUUUCAGACUGGCUGAGCACAGCGCAGAACAACUUCAGCACUGUGGCUAUCAGCAUUGACAUUGUGGACCGCAUUGCGAUGGAGAGAAAGAUCAAAAAACUCGAGGCACUUCAAGCAGAAAUGGAGCAGGGUCACAUCUUCGUCAAGACAAUGAGAGAGAAGGCUGAACGAGCCAUGGCAUACUUAGAGGAGGCUGAGGCAGAGCAGCUGAAGGAGGAGGUGGAAACCCGCCUCUCCCAGCUGGAGGAGUUAAUGGCUGCUCUGCGGAUGGAGCACAGCUCCCUGGAGAAAUGCAUCUCACACUCCAAAGACUUUCUGGACAAGUACAAGGCCCAGGCGCAGUGGGUCAGUGAGACCAAGAACCUGUUAGCGUCAACUGUGGAGCCCAAAGCUGAGCUAUACCAGAAGAAGGCUCAGCUGGCCAAGUACAAGACCAUCCAACAGACAGUGCAGUCACAUGAGUCAGCAGUGAAAUCUGUCAUUGAGAAAGGAGAGGCCUUGCUCACCAUAAUCUGCGACCCCACUAUAAGUGAUAACAUGAGAAAGCUGCAGGCAGACUACCAGGACCUCUGCGUUGCUGCUAAGACGCAGGUCCAGAGCCUUGUUGAGUGGGUGAAGGAGCACGAGGAUUAUAACAGUGAAUUGCAGGAGGUGGAGAAGUGGCUCCUGCAGAUGUCCAGCAGGCUGGUUACCUCCGACUCCAUGCAGACCAGCAGCAUGGAAAUGGCCACUCAGCAACUUGCCCGACACAAGGCAAUCAUGGAAGAAAUAGCAAGUUUUGAGGAGCGCCUCACCAGCCUGAAGCAGAAAGGAGAAGAUCUUGUUGCCAGCUGUACUGACCAAGUUCAAACUAAGAUCAGUCAGCAAGUGCAGGCUCAUCAACAAGGAACCAGAGACAGCUACUCUGCCAUUUGCAGCACUGCCCAACGGGUGUAUCAGAGUCUGGAUCGGGAGCUGCAGAAACACGUUAGCCACCAGGACACUCUGCAGCAGUGCCAAACCUGGCUCUCCUCAGUACAGGAGGAGGUCCAGCUAAAUGAUCAGCCACCAUCUGGUCUGCAGGAGGCUCUCAAGCAGGUGAAACACUACAGGGCCCUUCAGGAACAGGCCAGCACUUACCUGGACCUGGUGUGUUCUGUCUGUGACCUUUCUGAUGACGCUGUGAGAGUUACAGCGGCUGAGGUGCAGCGGGUCAAGCUCACGAUAGAGGAGAGGAUGUCCAAUGCCCAGGAGCUUUCAGAGGGCUGGAGGGAGAUCAAGGAACAGAAGCAGGAGCUCUCCAGCCUGUUCCAGGAUAUGGAGCAACAGCUUCUCAGCUUCUCCAGAAGGCCUGCAGAGUUGGAGACCAAGAUUGCUCACAACAUGCUGUCACAGGCCAAGGAAUUCAGUCAGCAACUGCAGUCAAAACAGAGUGUCCUGACUAAGAUGACAGAGAGUGUGAGCAGACUGACGAGGGGCCAGGACUCCCCAGAGCACGCAGAGCUGGAUCGUCUGAGCCAUUCGUGGCUGGAGCUCUGUCACCAGGCCAACAACCUGCAGAGUCAGAGAGAGGAGGAUCUGCAGAGGUCUAAGGAAUACCACAACUGCAUCACUGCAAUGGAGGCCCUGUUUGAGCAGGUGUCCAAGGAGUGGGACAAUCUGGCCAGAACGGAUGCUGAAAGUUCAUCUGAGCAUUUGGAGGCAUUACGGAAACUGGCAGUAACUCUGGAAGACCAGAAAGGCACGCUUGAGGACCUAAAGGACCAGAGACAGAAAGUCAUCCAACAUUUGAACUUAGAUGACAAGGAGCUGGUAAAAGAGCAAAUCAGCCACUUUGAGCAGCGCUGGUCUCAGAUGCAAAACCUAAUUGAGAGGAAGAUCCUGGACUCAGUGGUGACCUUGGAGGACAUGGGCCAAGUGGUGGCCCGUCUGAGGGAGGCUCGUGACUGGGCAGAGGAACAGCAGCCUGCCCUGUCUGAGGCCAUGAAAAUGAGUCCUCCUCCAGAGCUGGCUCAGAGCUUUCUGUUUGACCACCUGAGCAUCUGUAGUGAGCUAGAGGCCAAGCAGCUCCUGCUAGCCCAGGCUCUGGUCGAUGCUGACAGGGUGCUGGCACACCUAGGCCUCAGUGAACGGCAGCGUCUGCAGCAGCUGAUUUCAGAUACUCAAUCUGAGGUUGAAUCUCUGAGUGUGAAGGUGGUGCAGCGCAGGAAGCACCUCAGCAAGGCUUUCACAGAGAGGACACAGUUCCUAAUGGCUGUGAGCCAGGCCAUUUCCUGGGUCCAGCAGAAUGAGAAGAAGGCCCAGGCAGAAGAAUACAUUGCUUUGUUACCCGAUGACCUGGCCAAGCAGGUUCGAACGUGUAGGAACAUCCAAAGCAGUCUGAAGGCUUAUCAGAGUGAGCUGACCUCCUUGUGGUCUCAAGGGAGGGAUCUGAUGAGGGAUGCCAGUGAGGAUGAAAAGAAUGAGAUACUCACAAAGUUGCAGGAGUUGCAGAACAUCUUUGAGAAAACUCUACACAGGUGUGGCCAGAGACUUCAGGAGCUUGAAAAAGUACUUGUGUCUAGAAAGUAUUUCAAGAGUGAUCUGGAAAAAACCUGUCAGUGGAUAAAACAAGCUGAUAUAAUCACCUUUCCUGAAAUCAAUCUAAUGAAUGGAGAUGCAGAAUUGGAAGCACAGCUACUGAAGUAUCAACUGAUAGUUGAGCAGGCGGUUGAAUAUGAAAACCUCCUUCUCAUUGUACAGAGAGCCGGCCAGGAGAUACUGCCCACUCUGAAUGAAGUAGACCACUGCUACUUGGAUGAAAAACUCAAUAUCCUUCCCCAUCAAUACAACAGCAUAUUAGCACUAGCCAAAGAAAAGCAGGAGAAAAUCCAACAGGCCAUUCUUGCAAGGAAGGAGUACACCUCUUUCAUAGAUGUCACUCACAAAGCACUUAAAGAGCUUGAGGAGCAGUUCAAUAAUCUGGGGAAGCAGCCUGUUGGCCUGCAAACAGAAGAGGUUGUCAGUUUGCAGAGUGAUUACAAAGCAAUUCAGGUGGAUCUCAGCAACCUGGGUUUAGCUGUUAGUGAACUGAACCAGAAGAAAGAGGGUUUCCGCAGCACUGGUCAACCCUGGCGCCCAGAGGAGAUGACCCAGCUUGUGAGCUUGUACAACAGCCUGAAGAGGUUGAUUGAACAGAAAGUUGAGCAUCUGGAUGACACCUUAGAGUCAUUUGAGGACCACAAGGCAAUGGCUAUGCAGGUUGACUCUGAGUUGAAGGCCACUAAAGAGCAGUUGGUAAAAGUUAACGCAGAGACCCAGUCAGCCGAGGAGAGGUUGAAGAACUACCAUGCUCUGGCGGGAAGUCUCCAAAGCGCCAACUCGCACUUGUCCAGGCUAAUGGAGCAGAUGGACACUUUGGCCCCUCGCGUGGACCAGGCAGCGCAAGAUGCCUCCAAGGAGCAGGUGGUUCUGUGGCAAGACGAGCUGCGGUCCUUACAAGCUGCAGUGGGGGAGCUGAUUCAAGAAUGCGAGAACAGGUUUGUGCAGAGUAAAGACUUUGAGACAGAGAUGAAACGGACCCUGGACUGGCUGCAGCAGGUGAGGGACGAGCUGGGCUGUGCUGUGAUCGUGGAUGUGAGGGUGGAGAAGGUGCAGGAGGAAAUCAGGAAGCAGCAGAUCAUGCAGGAGGAAGUGCAAUCCAGACUGAGAAUUGUGGCUGCUCUUAGUAGCAGGGAGAAACAAAAGUAUAUCAGUGCCAACGAGCUCGUCCCAGCCCACGUGGAUACAAGCCUGGAAGAAAUGGCAAAGCUGCAGGCUGAUGUUCAAAAAGCGCUGAGCUCCAAACAGAUUACACUGGCACAAGCACUGGAGUUAUGCCAAAAGUACCACUUCAGGAUGCAGUCAGCCUGCGAAUGGCUGGAGGAUGCCGUGUCCUUCCUGCAGCAAGCUAGCCUGGGGGUGGAUGUGGAAAACUACGAGGAGUGUCUCCGACAGCAUGAGGACAUCAUGGCCACAGAACAUGAGUUCCUCAUCCACCUGGAGGAGCUGGAUGCCCUGCCACCACAGUUGGAGAACCUGGUGAACCCCACAGCCAAAGAGCAGCUCAAGGUGAGCGUGGAGUCAGCACAGCAGAGAGGUGUGGAAGUGCGGGACCAGCUCCAGUGUCACCAGGAUGUCCUUCAGAGCUGUGUGGCCCAGUGGAAGUCAUACCAGGAGGCAAGACAGACAGUCAUUGAGCUGAUGAAUGAGGCUGAAAAGAAGCUUACUGAGUUUUCCACUGCAAAGGCAGCCACAAGCCAGGAGGCCGAAGAGAAGCUGCGGAGUCAUAGGUCCCUGGUGUCACUUGUGAAUGGUUUCCAAGAGAAGCUGAGUGGCCUAGAGGAGCAGGCUGCUCAGCUGGAGCUGGUGGCGAGUGACGCCAGCAAGGCCACCAUCAGUCGCUCCAUGACCACUGUGUGGCAGCGCUGGACACGCUUACGCAGCGUGGCUCGGGGUCAUGAGAGGGUGCUGGAGGACACAGCACAGGAAUGGAGGACUUUCAGAGAGAAGAUGGCGAAGCUUGGGGCAGUUUCUGAUGAGCUGCAGAGUCGUGUCCCAGACAGUGCAGUAGAGAAGGCCUCCAAAGCCACCCUGCAGUCUCUGUUGGACCAGCAUGACCUGCUGAGCCAAGAUAUUGAGAGAGAGCUCUCCUCGCUCAUGCUGCUGCGACAAUACGCCCUCAGCCUGCUGCACGAUGUGGAAGUGCCUUCACCAACCAAUGACCAGGAGGAGCUGCCCACCCUGAAGGAGAUCAGAGCUGUACAAGACCAACUGGAAAGCCUCCUGACACAGUCCAGGACCAAGCGGGCUCAGGCAGGGCAGGAGCUAAGGGACAGAGAGGAAGUGGAGAAGGACCUGAGUGUUGUAAAAGCCUGGAUCCAGGAGACCAGAGAGCUCCUUCUCAACCCCACCCCAGACAUUGAUUCUCUACUACAGGAGCUUGAGGUUGUACAUGGUGAUGUGAUCACUUAUCGUCAGAAUGUGGAUAAAUUAGCCGAGCAGCAGCAGAGCAAGUACCUGGACCUCUACACUAUUCUACCCUCGGAAAUCUCCAUGCAGCUGGCUGAGGUCUCGCUCGCAUUGGGUGCAAUUGAGGACCAGGUUCUUUCCAAAGAGAGAGAAAUUCAGAAAACCAGAGAUAUAAAGGAAGACUUCAGCUCCAGAAUCCAUGACAUGUCUGAGAAACUCAAAGCCAUCUCCGCUAAAUUCAAGGAAAAAUCCCCUGACGUUGAUCAUGCCAAAGAAGAGGUCAAAAGCUUGGCUGAGGACUUGGACGGCUGUGGACGCACUCUGUCAGAGCUGGAUGCUGCUGUACAAGAGUUUGGUCGCAGAAAUCCUCUACUGGCCAAACAGCUAAGUGACGCCAUUGGCAAGCUAUCAGAAAUGCAUCAUCACACAACACGGCUAGCAGACUGUAGGAACAACUGGCUCAAAAAGGCUGUCUGCUAUUUAGAUGAGUAUAAUGAGAUGCUGGACUUCAUUGUGAGGUGGUCAGAGAAAGCCAAAAGCCUUGUGAGGGCAAAUAUCAUCUGGAACUCCUCUGUUCAUCUGCAGGAGCAGAUAAGGAUGUACCAGGCUGUGCUGCGUGAGUCUCGGGAGCUCCAUGGAGACCUGGAGUCCAUGGGGGAGAAAGUGGAUCUUCUGUCUGAAGUGCUACAGGUGGAGGCUAUGAGUCAGCAGGUGUGUGAACUCAGUCGACACACCGAGGAGCUUCAGCAAAGCAUCAAGACACGGCUGCAGAGCUUGCAGGAUGCAGAUAAGAGUAUGGAAGCCCUGGAGUUUGAAGUUAAGGCCCUACAUGUUGCCCUGGAGCAAGUCCAAGCCACACUGACCUCACCAGAGUUGGCACGCCAGAGCCUCAAGGAACAGCUGACUCAGAGACAGCGUCUGCUGUCAGACAUGGAGAGCUUCAAGCAGCAGGUGCAGGCGGUGCAGUUGUGUCAGAGUGCUCUGCAGGUCCCAGAGGAGGUGAUGCCCAACCUUGCCAUCUGUCGCACGGCUCUGCGUCUGCAGCAGGAUGCCAGUCAGAUGCAGCACAUAGCCAUCCAGCAGUGCAACAUCCUACAGGAGGCAGUGGUGCAGUACGAGCAGUAUGAACAGGAAGUGAGAGACCUGCAGGGCCUAAUCGAGGAGGCCCACCGUGUCAUUCAGGACCGCCCCAUCCCCACCAGCAACAUCCAGGAGCUGCAGGCCCAGAUCCUUCACCAUGAAGAGCUGGCGCAAAAGAUCAAAGGUUACCAAGAGCAGAUUGCCUCCCUGAACUCAAAAUGCAAAAUGCUGGCAGUGAAAGCCAAGCAUGCCACCAUGCUGCUGACAGUGAGUGAUGUGGAGGGACUCCCUGAGGGCCUGGAGGAGAUGGAUGGGGAGAAAUCCAAGAAAUCCUCAGCGCAGGCCAUUAUGAUGACUGCUGGUCGCUGUCACACCCUCCUGUCUCCUGUCACUGAGGAGUCUGGGGAGGAGGGCACUAACAGUGAGAUCUCUUCUCCUCCUGUCUGUCGCUCCCCUUCUCCCAUCACUCACACUGAAGUCUCUAUUCACAAGGUGGGGCGAGGAACACUCACAAGAGCUCCCAUCCAAGAAUUAUAUGACCCGACAUUUGAAUCUGUGGCCAACUUAGAUGACCUGCAGCGCUCCUGGGAGACACUGAAGAACGUGAUCAGUGAGAAGCAGAGAUCUCUGUAUGAAGCCCUGGAGAAGCAGCAACGUUAUCAGGGCUCACUCCAGUCUAUCUCCUCGAAGAUGGAGGCUUUGGAAGCCAAACUCAGUGAACCUCUGGAGGCAGAUAAAAGCCCAGACAGCCACAUGAAGACCCAUGAGGGUGUGAUGCAAGAGAUUCAAAGUGUCCAGGAAGAGAUAGACAGGCUGCAGACAAGCUUCACAGAGGAACUGGCCUCUGAUGCCGUGGACUCAGACAUGGCUGACCAGCUGGCCAUGCAUUCGUCCCUCGCUGUUCUAGCUGAGAGGAUGGCCACCAUCCACAUGAAGGCCUCAGGGAAACAGCAGCUAUUGGAGGAGUGUGUUAGUGACCGUAUGGAGGGGCAGCGCCAGGAACGGGCCAUACAGCUUUAUCACACCCAGGCAGAUCAGCUGGAGCAGUGGUUGGCCGUCACACGCACCACCAUCAACUCCAUCCUAGAUCUGAGACCUCCAGAGGAGACAGAUAUGGGGGACCAGCUCACUGAAUGUCAGAACAUGCUGCUAGAGAUCGAAGAGAAGGUGCUGGCCCUGUCAGAGCUGUCCAUGCACAGUGAGAGCCUGCUGCUGGAGGGCCGGACAGAGACCAGGGAGGAAGCUGAGCAGCUGGCGAGGAAGCUACGCACGCUGAAGGGCAGCCUGCUGGAGCUGCAGCGAAUGCUGCAGGACAAGCAGAUUAACAUCCAGGGCUCUCUGCAGGAGCAGGAGGACAGUGAAUCAGACUCCAGUCUGUCUCAGAGUCCCAGUGUCCAGGACUGGCUGGCCCAGGCCCGGACCACACGCUCCCAGCAGCAGCAGGACAGCCUUCAGAGACAGAGGGAGCUGGAGGAGCAGCUAGCAGAGCAGAAAAAGCUUCUUCAGUCAGUUGCCAGCAGAGGAGAGGAAAUCCUCAUCCAGCAGGCCUCGCCGAACAGUGCCAGCACAACGGAGCCAUUCUCACCGGCGGCUUUGGCUGAGAGGGAGGCGCAGUCAGCACAGGAGCAGAUGAGGCAGAGAUGGGAGAGCUUGAGAUUAGAGCUCAAAACCAAACUACAGCUCCUACAGAAGACUCUGGAGCAGGACCACAAGCAGCCGGUUUAUUCCCGAACUUCUCGCGUGACCACACCCGGGUCUCUUUUUAAAGGGGACUCGCAGGCCCAUGACAAGUCCUCUUUGAAGACUAUGUACGACAGUUUCAGACAGACAAUGGAGGAUAUCACAACUCAGCCUGGUGGUGGUGGUGGUGGUAAACAGGUGAUGCAGAUGGAGCAGCAGCUCUACACAGCGGUUUCAUCUACCUCUGUCUGGCUGGAUGGUGUAGAGAACACGCUCUUCUCUGGCCCAGUGCUGCUGGCUGAAAAUGCCGAGACCCAGCUACAAAAACAGGAGACCCUGGAGAAUGACAUGAGGCACGUGAGUGAGGAGGUGAAGCAGAGCAAGGCGCUGCUAGCCGAAUCCAAGGGGCUGAGGCACGAGGACCGGGCGCUGCUGGAGGACAACCUCGACUGCCUGAAAGAGAGAUUAGGAGCCCUGGGUUCUGCUCUGGGACAGCGCUGUGAACACAUGAGGACCAAGAUGCAUGAACUCACUGCCUUUCAGACGGAGUUGCACCUUCUUCAGACUGCUUUAAUCGAGACUAAGUGCCAGAUCCUGCAGGCAUUAGCUGGAGCUAUGGAUAAACCAGCUUCAGAACAACUGGAGGUCAUUGCCUGUGCAGAAGACAGUCUGAGAGACUUUGAACAGAGGAUCACAGAGCUCAAAACCAGGGGAGCAGCCCUACAAGCUGAUCAGAUAUCAACAAACAAACUGCUCAAACUCCAGGAUGCCUAUGAGGAGCUGGUGAUGACAGUGGGCUGCCGGCGCAGUGGGCUGAACCAGAACAUGGCUCUGAAGGAACAGUACGAGCGGGCCCUGCAGGACCUGACCGACCUGGUGGACACAGCUCAGGACAAGAUCGCUACCAACCAGAGGAUCAUCGCCAGCUCUGUGGAGGAAGUUAAGAAUCUCCUGGACAAGCAUAAGGAGUUCUUCCAGGGACUUGAGUCACAUAUGAUUCUGACGGAGACGUUCUUCAGGAAAAUCAGCAGCCUGGUGCUUCCCAUAGAGAGCCAGGCCCUGGAGGAGACCUUGGUCCAGGCUAAGGACAUCCUCAAAGAGGCUCACAGUAAAGGUGUUGAGCUGGAGUGCAUAUUAGAGACUUGGUGCCACCUGAUGCAGGAUUACCAGGGUUUGUACCGGCAACUGGAGGCAGUAGAGGGUAGCAUGCCCUCUGUUGGCCUGGUGGAGGAGACAGAGGAGAAGCUCAAUGACAGGAUCUCAUUGUAUCAGGGCCUGAAGGGGAGACUGACAGAGCACCAGCACAAGCUAUACCAGGUGCUGGAGGAGGGCAAGCAUCUGUUGCUGUCAGUGUGCUGUCCUGGGCUGGAGAACCAGCUCACUUUGCUGGGAGAGCACUGGCUGAACAACACCACAAAGGUCAACAAGGAGCUGCAGCGCCUGGAUGCCAUCCUCAAACACUGGACCAGGUAUCAGAAAGAGUCUUCAGAGAUGAACGAAUGGCUGCAGUCCGCUCUGGAGCGUCUGGAGUUUUGGAACACCCAGGCCGUGUUAGUCCCCCAGGAGCUGGAAUCUGUCAGAGACCAUCUCUCUGCGUUCCUGGAGUUCUCCAAGGAAGUGGAAGGCAAAUCCAGCCUGAAGAACUCGGUGGUGACUGAGGGCAACCAGCUCCUGCGGCUGAAGAAAGUAGACACGGCAGUGCUGCGGUCUGAUCUGGCACGCAUUGACUCUCAGUGGACUGAGCUGCUCACACGCAUUCCCGUGGUCCAAGAGAAACUGCAUCAGAUCCAAAUGGAGAAGCUGGCCUCCCGUCAUGCCAUCUCUGAGCUGUUUAACUGGAUGUCACUGAUGGAAAAUAUUAUGGAGGAGGAUGAGGAAAACCUCAAGAGUGCCGUGGGGUCAAAUGUCAUACAGGACUACUUGCAAAAGUACAAGGGCUUCAGAGUGGAUAUAAGCUGUAAGCAGCUGACUGUGGACUUUGUCAACCAGUCAGUGCUGCAGAUCAGUGGUCAGGAUGGGGAGAGCAAGCGCAGUGACAAAACAGACUUUGCAGAGAGGCUCGGAGCUAUGAACCACCGCUGGCAGAUCUUACAAGGGCGCAUCACUGAAAGGAUCCAGUACUUGGAGAGCCUAUUAGAGAUGUGGCUGGAGUAUGAGAGCAGUGUGCAGGCCCUGAAGUCCUGGAUGACAGCUCAAGAAGAAAGGCUAAAGAGGAAACACAGGAUAGAGGACCUGACUUCAGUACAGAACGCCCUCAAGGACUGCCAGGAAAUGGAAGAGAUGGUGAAAGAGAAAGAGAGAGAUUUAGAGAGAGUGGAGGAACAGGGCUGUGCCCUUGUCCAGAACAAGACCGACGAGGCCUGUGCCAUCGUCAUGGAGACGCUCCAAGGUGUCAAUCACACCUGGGCUAACCUGGACCACAUGAUUGGGCAACUGAAGAUCAGCCUGAAGUCAGUGCUGGACCAGUGGAGUUUAUACAAGCGGGCCUUGGAAGAGAUCAAUGGCUACCUGAUGGAAGGGAGAUACUCUGUGUCUCGUUUCUGCCUGCUCACUGGCUCCCUGGAGGCUGCACAGCUGCAGGUGCAGAGUCUACAGAAUUUGCAGGAGGAAUUGGAGAAACAAGAGAGCAGUGUGAGGAAGUUUGGCGCCGUGACCCACCAACUGCUCAAGGAGUGCCACCCUUCAGUGUCAGACUCCCUCAACAACGCCCUUAAGGAUGUCAAUGCAAGGUGGACUGGUUUGCUGGAGGAGAUUGCGGAGCGUCUGAGGAGCAGCAAGGCUCUGCUGCAGCUGUGGCAACGCUACAAGGAGCUUUAUGAGCAGAGCUCCACCAGCAUCCAGCUGCACGAGGAAAAGGCAGACCAGCUUCUCAAGACCGCUUGCAGCAAGGACAUUGCUGAUGAGGAAGUGUCCGCCUGGAUCCAAGAAUGCAGUGAGGUGCUGCGGUCCCAGGCUCCAGUGCAGGCCUCCUUGCAGGUUCUCCAGGAACUUGGAGAUCAGCUGAAACAGCAGGUGGAGACGUCGGCAGCAUCGGCUAUCCAGUCAGAUCAUCUUUCUCUCACCCAGCGCCUGGCCGCAGUAGAGCAGGCCCUCACCAGACAACUCACCAUGCUGCAGACUGGAGUCCAAGACUAUGAAACCUUUAAUGAUCAGUUGGACUGUUUGGGGUGCUGGAUAGUUGAAGCUGAGGAGGCUCUGAAGGUGCAGGAUCCCAAUGGCUCCACUGAUCUGACAGUUAUCCAAGAUCGUAUGGAGGAGCUAAAGAGACUCAUGUUGAAGUUUAGCAGCAUGGCCCCUGAACUGGAGCGUCUUAAUGAGCUUGGUUACCGACUGCCUCUCAACGACUCAGAGAUCAAACGCAUGCAGAACCUCAACAGGAGCUGGUCAUCGGCCUCCGCACAGACCACAGAGAGAUUCAGCAAACUUCAGUCGUUCCUGCUGCAGCAACAGACCUUCCUAGAGAAAUGUGAAACCUGGAUGGAGUUCCUGGUGCAGACAGAGGAGAAUCUGGCAGUGGAGAUCUCUGGGAAUUACCAGAGUUUGAUGGAGCAGCAGAAAGCCCACGAGCUGUUCCAGGCUGAGAUGUUCAGUCGUCAGCAGAUCCUUCACUCUAUAAUCAGCGAUGGGCAGAGGAUGUUAGAGCAGGGUCAGGUAGAUGACAGAGAUGAGUUCAAUUUGAAGCUGGCCCUGCUGAGUAACCAGUGGCAGGGUGUGGUGCGCCGCGCUCAGCAGAGGCGGGGCAUCAUUGACAGUCUCAUUCGCCAGUGGCAGCGCUACAGGGAAAUGGUGGAGAAGCUGCGUAAAUGGCUGGUGGAGGUCUCUCACCCUGCAGAGGCCCUUCAGGUUGGAGCCACCGUACCUCUGCAACAAGCCCGAUCCAUGCUGGAUGCUGUCCAGCUGAAGGAAAAGGUGCUGCAGCGUCAGCAGGGCAGCUACAUCCUGACAGUGGAGGCCGGCAGACAGCUGCUCCUGUCGGCAGAUAGCCGAGCUGAGAUGGCCCUGCAAGGAGAGCUAACUGAUAUCCAGGAGCGCUGGAAACAUGCCAGCAUCUGCCUGGAUGAACAGAAGAGAGAGCUUGCCACCUUGUUAAAGGACUGGGAGAGGUGUGAGAGAGGUAUUGGUGGAUCACUAGAGAAGCUGCGAGCCUUCAAACGGCAGCUGUCUUCGCCUCUUCCUGAUCAUCAUGAAGAUCUUCAAGCUGAGCAGAUGCGCUGCAAGGACCUGGAGAGCACGUUUGAUGGCUGGACUGAAGAUUUAGCUCAUCUCACCUUGCUCAGGGAGUCUCUCUCCUGCUACAUCAGUGCUGAGGACCUGUCUGUCCUGCAGGAGCGCAUUGAGCUACUGCAACGGCAGUGGGAGGAAAUCUGCCACCAGCUUUCAUUGCGCAGGCAGCAGGUGAGUGAAAAGCUGAAUGAGUGGACUGUUUUCAACGAGAAGUACAAGGAGCUGUGCGAGUGGCUCACCAACAUGGAGAGCAAGGUCUCACAGAAUGGAGACAUCAGCAUCGAGGAGAUGAUCGAGAAGCUCCGCAAGGACUACCAGGAGGAGAUCACUCUGGCUGAGGACAACAAGCUGCAGCUGCACCAGCUGGGAGAGCGCCUGGCCAGGGCCAGCCACCAGAGCAAGGCCUGUGAGAUCGAACAGAAACUGGGCAAGGUCAACGAGCGCUGGCAGCACCUCCUGGAUCUAAUCGGAGCGAGAGUGAAGAAGCUGAGAGAAACUCUCGUGGCUGUUCAGCAACUGGAUAAGAAUAUGAGCAGCCUGCGCUCCUGGCUGGCCCACAUCGAGACAGAGCUGUCCAAACCAAUCGCCUAUGACACAUGUGACUUCCAGGAGAUCCAGAGGAAGCUGGACCUGCAGCAGGAGCUUCAGCGUGACAUAGAGAAGCACAGCACAGGAGUGGCGUCCGUGCUCAAUCUGUGCGAGGUGCUUCUGCAUGACUGUGACGCCUGCGCCACUGACGCAGAGUGUGACUCCAUCCAGCAGGCAACUCGUAGCCUUGAUCGCCGCUGGAGGAGCAUAUGUGCCUUGUCUAUGGAAAGGAGACUCAAGAUUGAGGAAACGUGGCGUUUGUGGCAGAAGUUUUUAGAUGACUUUGCACGAUUUGAGGAGUGGCUGGCCACUUCAGAGAAGACUGCUGCUCUACCCAACUCCUCGGGUGUACUUUACACUGUAGCCAAGGAGGAACUAAAGAAAUUUGAGGCCUUCCAGAGGCAGGUGCAUGAGAGCCUGACCCAGCUGGAGUUGAUCAACAAGCAGUAUCGCCGGCUGGCAAGGGAAAACCGCACUGACUCUUCCUGUCGCCUGAAAGAGAUGGCCCACACUGCCAAUCAGCGAUGGGACAACCUGCAGAAGAGGGUGGCAUCCAUCCUCCGCAGGCUUAAGCACUUUAUUAGUCAGAGAGAGGAGUUUGAGACAGCCAGAGACAGUAUCUUGGUGUGGCUAACAGAGAUGGACCUGCAGCUGACCAACAUCGAACACUUCUCCGAGUGUGACAUUCAGGCCAAGAUCAAACAGCUCAGGGCGUUUCAGCAGGAAAUCUCCCUGACCACGGCCAAGAUCGAACACAUCUUCCACCAGGGAGAGGCGCUGAUCGAGAAGAGCGAGCCUCUGGAUGCUGCGGUCAUCGAGGAGGAGCUGGAAGAGCUACAGCGCUACUGUCAGGAGGUGUUUGGUCGAGUGGAGCGCUACUACAAAAAGCUCAUUCGCCUCCCUCUUGCAGACGACGAUACCGAGGUGUCAUUCUCGGACCGUGAGCUGGAGCUGGAUGAGCCUGGUGACUUGUCCAGCCUGCCAUGGAGUGAGCGUUUGGGGGACGGCUUCCUCUCGCCUCUGCCCUCCUCCAGCCGCUCAGCCUCCCUGGCAGCUCCACUCCGGACCGAGCGCUCGGGCAGGGACACUCCGGCCAGCGUGGACUCCAUCCCCCUGGAGUGGGACCAUGACUACGACCUGAGCCGUGGACUGGAGAGUGCCAGCAGGGUCCUGAGAGAGCAGCAGAGCGAGGAGGGAGACUUCCUCCAGCGCCCUGCCUCAGCCUUAUCAGAUGUAGUGAUCCCUGAGAGCCCUGAGGCCUAUGUUAAACUUACAGAACAAACACUGAGGUCCUGCACUGGAGAGGUUGGCUCUGUGGACUCACAUAUUCAAAGCCUGGAAAGCAGCCGAUUCCACCUGCAACAAGCAGAGAGCAGCCGCAGCCGCACUCCCACCAGCACAGAGCUGGAUGCCUCGUACAUGGGAUAUAUGCGACUGCUGGGCGAGUGCCGUGGCAAUAUUGACACAGUGAAAAGGAUUGGCUUUGAGCUGAAGGAGGAGGAGGACACUGUGUCCGGACUGGCAGAUCCCAGUAGCUCAGAGUCGCAGACAUCAGGAGUGAUCGAGCGCUGGGAAUUGCUACAGGCCCAGGACCUCAGCAAAGAGCUGCGCACAAAGCAGGACCAGCAGCAGUGGCAGCAGCUGAACUCCGACCUGAACAACGUGUGGACAUGGCUGGGACAGACAGAGGAGGAGCUGGAGCAACAGCGGAGGCUGGACCUCAGCACUGACAUCCAGACGAUAGAGCUGCGCAUUAAGAAGCUGAAGGAGCUUCAGAAGUCGUAUGACAAGCGGAAGGCCAUUGUGCUGUCCAUCAACCUGUGCAGUGCCGAGUUUGUGCAGUCAGACUCAGAGGAGUCCCGGGAGCUACAGGCCAAACUGAAAGACAUGAACAACCACUGGGACAAACUAGGCAACUCGCUGGAGGAGUGGAGGUCCUCACUACAGGACGCCCUCAUGCAGUGUCAGGACUUCCAUGAAAUGAGCCAUGGUCUGCUGCUGUGGUUGGAGAACAUCGACCGCAGAAGGAAUGAGGUGGUUCCCAUUGAUCCCAUCCAGGACAGUGACACUCUCCACGAGCAUCACAGGACUCUCACGCAAAUCCGACGGGAGCUCCUGGAUUCCCAGCUGAAGGUCGCCUCCCUCCAAGACAUGUCCCUCCAGUUGCUGGUCAACUCUCAGGGCAGCGACUGCCUGGAAGCCAAGGAGAAGGUCCAUGUUAUUGGGAACCGCCUCAAACUGCUGCUGAAAGAGGUGACCCGGGACCUCAGAGAGCUGGCCAAGAUUCUGGAUAUCACCAGCAGUCAACAGGAUCUGUCCUCUUGGUCAUCUGCUGACGAACUUGACACUUCUGGCUCCCUCAGUCCUGUAUCAGGAAGGAGCACGCCAAGUCGGCGACGAUCGCAACGGGGCAAAUGUAGUGUGUCACACCCUGGACCCUCUGUGAGCACUCCACACCGCAGGUCUCCCAGCGACGCUGGGUCCGCUUCCUCCCAUUCUGAGUCGGAGACAGCGUCGGGUCGUCGCUCAUCGUUUCUGUGGCGCGUCCUCUGGGUGGCGCUGCCUUUCCAGCUCUUCCUGCUGCUGCUGGUGGGCUUUGCCUGCCUCGUGCCAAUGUCUGAGGAGGACUACACCUGUGCUCAGUCCAACAACUUUGCUCAUUCCUUCUACCCUAUGCUUAGCUACACUAAUGGACCACCUCCAGUGUGAGCAGACUGUGAGAGCCAUCUGAGCAGGACCACCCACGGGUCAAUUACAGCGAUGGUCUCUCUUACAUCAGAAUGGCGUGAAUAGGAAUCAUGUUGAUCUCUUGAACACUCCGUUAGUUUGACAGCACAAACUAAUAUUGGUCAUCCGUUUGUACUGCAGAAAUACAGUUGCCAUCUCCAUUACUAUAUUAUCUUGUAGCACAUAGGAUCAAGCAUCUCAGUAUUUUACUCUGUGUAUUGCUGUGUCAAUUAAGAAGCAUCUUUGGUGUAACAAAAUGUAAGAACCAAAAAAAAUUUUUUUUGACCACAGUGGAUAUCAGCUGGACGAAUGAAAUAUUGAAUGGCGUAAUCAUGGUGUAUUUUUUUCUCAAGAGAACUGUCGAUAGAUGCAAAAUGCUGAAACUAUAGCCUGUGAAUCUGCUUGUAACAACUGAAGAUUUGUAAAAUGACAUUUAAUAUAUCUUAUAUUGCAAUUAUUUUUUUACUUGUAUUUUGGCAUGCGGUUCUAAUGUUUGCUUUUAUUUACUUAUACCCAUCAGUGUGUCUGUGGUGAACAGUCGAGUUUUAACAUGAACUGCAUUGACUCAUGUUCGAUUCAUUUAAGCCAAGUUAUGUGUUGAAUAUCAACGUCAGUCAGAGUUUAAAUACCUUUCAAAUCAGUCAGCCAUGUUCUGUACACAUUUUGUUGUUUUAUUUUUUUAACAAUAUCAAGUGUGACUUAAGAAACAGAGUUAUGAAGUAUAGAACUACUGUAUAUUUUGUAUGGUUCUGACAGUUCAGUAUCAAAUAUAUAACCAGGAUUGUUUAACAUUACAUGUAUAUAGUGGUAAAAAAAUAAUAAUAAUAAUGAAGAAGUAUGUAUAUCCAACAAUCAAAAACAAUGAAUGCCAAAUCCUCAUUUUGA